CUCACUGCCUCUGAAAGUGAUUAAUUACUUUCUCAACACGUCUCUGUAAACAAACCACAAUGCUGGCGCAGAUUGUUCUUCUACUUUGUUUGUCAGCCAUGGCAACAGCAGCUGAUGAUUGUCCUACAGUGCCCAACUGCAUUAAAUACCACCUGCCCCACUGCACCAAGGAAUAUAAGCCUGUGUGCGGUACAGAUGGAAAUACAUACGCAAAUGAGUGUAAUUUGUGUGUGAAAAUUUUUGAGGAAAAGGUCAACAUCAUAUUAAUCUCCAAAAAGGGUGAAUGCUGAGCCAGAUGCAUUCAUUUUAUUUGGGAUGACGUGAACAAUGUCUUGCUUUUUAAUGGGUUUUCAUCUCAAAAUGAAGAAUUUGUUCCUUUUUAAAGUAUUCAAAUCUUUAAAUAAACCCUUGAUGUACAAGU